CCACCCCAGCCCCACCCCCCAGCCCCACCCCCCAGCCCCACCCCCAGCCCCCCCCCAGCCCCAGCCCCUCCCCACCCCACCCCCCAACCCCAGCCCCUCCCCCCCAGCCCCCCCCCAGCCCCCCCCCCACCCCACCCCCCCAGCCCCCCAGCCCCAGCCCCUCCCCCCCAGCCCCUCCCCCCCACCCCAGCCCCUCCCCCACCCCCAGCCCCUCCCCACCCCCAGCCCCUCCCCCACCCCCAGCCCCUCCCCCCAGCCCCUCCCCCCACCCCAGCCCCUCCCCCCACCCCCAGCCCUCCCCCACCCCAGCCCCUCCCCCAGCCCUUCCCCCCAGCCCCAGCCCCUCCCCCCAGCCCCAGCCCCUCCCCCCCAGCCCCAGUCCCCUCCCCCCACCCCAGCCCCUCCCCCCCAGACCCUCCCCCAGCCCCUCCCCCCAGCCCCUCCCCACCCCCAGCCCCUCCCCACCCCCCAACCCCUCCCCCCCCCCCCCACCCCCAGCCCCCCAGCCCCAGCCCCUCCCCCCAGCUCCAGCCCCUCCCCCCCAGCCCCCCACCCCUCUCCCCAGCCCCUCCCCCCACCCCAGCCCCCUCCACCCCCUCCCCCCCAGCCCAGCCCCCUCCCCCAGCCCCUCCCCCCCCCCAGCCCCCACCCCUCCCCCCAGCCCCCCCCCCACCCCAGCCCCCCUCCACCCCCCCCCCCAGCCCCAGCCCCUCCCCCCCAGCCCCUCCCCCACCCCCAGCCCCCCACCCCUCCCCCCAGCCCCUCCCCCCCCCCAGCCCCCUCCACCCCCUCCCCCCCAGCCCCAGCCCCAGCCCCUCUCCCCCAGCCCCUCCCCCACCCCAGCCCCCCACCCCUCUCCCCAGCCCCUCCCCCCACCCACCCCCAGCGCCCCCCCAGCCCCAGCCCCUCCCCCCA